AUGGAUGCCAGUGUAUCGUCAUCAAUGGUGUCGUCCCGUGGUGGAGACGUACCGUCGACGGUGCAAGUUGCACUCAGAAUACGACCCCAAGGAAACCGUGAAAAACUCGAAGGUAGUCGUGUGUGCACAUCUGUUAUCCCCGGUGAACCUCAGGUUACUAUUGGCACUGACCGUUCAUUCACUUAUGACCAUGUAUUCGACCAAGCUACUCAACAAGCUGAAAUCUAUGAUUCAUGUAUAGACAAACUAGUUAACGGUCUUUUUGAUGGGUUCAAUGCUACAGUUCUCGCUUAUGGCCAGACGGGUUCUGGUAAAACUUACACUAUGGGUACGGCUUUCGACACCGGUGCAAUAUCAGAGCAUGAAGUCGGCGUUAUUCCACGGGCCUUAGCUCAUGUCUUCCGUAGGGUUUCGGAUUUGAAACAAGAAGCUCGAGAAAGCGGCAUUCUUGAGCCGACCUUUGAUGUUGCCGUGCAAUUUAUAGAGCUCUACAACGAAGAGAUCAUUGAUCUGUUGUCGAAUGAUCGUUCUUCCUCGCUAAACAUACGUAUACAUGAGGAUACUCGUGGUGAGAUAUAUCUUCAUGGUGUAGCGACCAAACAAGUACAGGAUCUUCAUUCGAACAUAUAG